AUCAGUAUUGCAAAGCCAUCAACACGAUCCACUGCGGGUUCAGUAAUGCCCCCACAGUUGAAAGCCGAGGUAAAUGUCAUGCCCAAGGUUGUCCAGGGGGAUUUGCAGAGCCUGCCUCCAGAUGCAAGAGAUUUCAUUGAAAGUAAUGCCAAGCUGUGCCAGCCUGAGAGCAUUCAUAUCUGUGAUGGCUCCGAAGAAGAAAACAAAAAAAUUCUGGACAUCAUGGUAGAACAAGGCAUGAUCAAGAAGCUGAGCAAGUAUGAAAACUGCUGGUUGGCUCUCACUGAUCCAAGAGACGUGGCAAGAAUUGAGAGCAAAACCGUUAUCAUCACCCAAGAACAGAGAGAUACCACGCCGAUCCCUAAAACUGGGACUAGCCAGCUGGGUCGCUGGAUGUCUGAAGAAGAUUUUGAAAAAGCCUUCAAUACCAGGUUCCCAGGCUGCAUGCAAGGACGCACAAUGUACGUCAUCCCCUUCAGCAUGGGGCCCAUUGGGUCUCCUUUGUCCAAGAUUGGGAUUGAGCUGACAGACUCGCCCUAUGUAGUGGCCAGCAUGAGGAUCAUGACACGGAUGGGAACAGCUGCUUUGAAAGCCCUGAGUGAUGGAGAGUUUGUAAAGUGCCUUCACUCGGUUGGGUGUCCGCUACCACUAAAAGAACCAUUAAUCAACAACUGGCCGUGCAACCCAGAGUUAACGCUGAUUGCCCAUCUCCCGGAUCGCAGAGAGAUCAUUUCAUUUGGCAGCGGUUACGGAGGAAACUCCUUACUGGGGAAAAAAUGCUUUGCUCUCAGAAUUGCCAGCAGAAUUGCCAAAGAGGAGGGCUGGCUAGCUGAGCACAUGCUGAUCCUGGGCAUUACCAAUCCAGAGGGUAAAAAAAAGUAUUUUGCUGCAGCAUUCCCCAGUGCAUGCGGAAAAACUAACUUGGCCAUGAUGAACCCAAGCCUGCCAGGAUGGAAAAUUGAGUGUGUGGGUGAUGAUAUUGCCUGGAUGAAAUUUGAUGAACAAGGCAACUUAAGGGCAAUCAAUCCAGAAAAUGGCUUUUUUGGUGUAGCUCCCGGAACCUCAGUUAAAACAAACCCCAAUGCUAUCAAAACCAUAUUCAAGAACACCAUCUUUACCAACGUAGCAGAAACCAGCGAUGGAGGUGUCUAUUGGGAAGGCAUUGAUGAGACGUUGCCACCAGGAGUCACGCUGACUUCAUGGAAGAACAAGGAUUGGACUCCAGAUACCGGGGAAACUUGUGCUCAUCCCAACUCACGGUUCUGCACUCCAGCCAGCCAGUGCCCCAUCAUGGACCCUGCAUGGGAAUCCCCCGAAGGCGUGCCCAUUGAAGGGAUCAUAUUUGGAGGCCGCAGACCUGCUGGUGUGCCUCUCGUGUAUGAGGCCUUUAACUGGCAGCAUGGAGUAUUUAUAGGAGCAGCUAUGAGAUCUGAAGCAACAGCAGCUGCUGAGCACAAAGGCAAAAUUAUUAUGCACGAUCCGUUUGCCAUGAGACCUUUCUUUGGCUACAACUUUGGCAACUACUUGGCCCACUGGCUCAGCAUGGCACAUCGUCCAGCUGCAAAACUACCAAGGAUCUUUCAUGUUAACUGGUUCCGGAAAGACAGCCAAGGGAAAUUCCUGUGGCCUGGCUAUGGAGAGAAUUCCCGUGUGCUGGAGUGGAUGUUCAACAGAAUUGAUGGGAAAGCCUCUGCCAAGCCAACUGCCAUAGGUUACAUCCCUGCUGACACUGCUUUGAACUUGAAGGGUUUAGAAGAUGUCAACUUGACUGAACUGUUUGAUAUCUCCAAAGAGUUCUGGGAAAAGGAGGUAGAAGAAAUCAAACAGUACUUUGAAGUGCAAGUUAAUGCUGACCUUCCCUAUGAAAUAGAAAGGGAAAUGCUUGCUUUAGAGAUGAGGAUAAAGCAGUUGUAGCUGAUCAAAACCACAACUGUUUAUCAAUCCACACAUACUAAGCAGGACAAACACAUUUUGCCAAAUCACUGGAAGCAUAACAGCACUGAUGGGCCGUGGGUUAUAAUGAAAGUACGUCUUAGUUUAGUCGGAAUAUAGAUAGAGGCAUUCUAGAAAUAACUCCAGACCUAACAGUUUAUAACUGCAUCAGUUGCUGUGAAUAGGUGAGCAGCUCUGGGAAUGUAUGUGCACGUGGUCGUCAAAACCCUGAUCUGUCACUUACAGGCAC